AUGGUAGAAGCAAUUAUAUCAAAGUUGUUCUCAAGCCUAGGCUUCCGGCUUAUCAACGCAACGCCUGAAGAGCGCUCUACUAGCGAGGUAGAGUCGCCCGCCGACGACGCGCCCACAGCUCCUACGGAGCGUACGUCUAGCGCGGCGGCUACGCCCACCAACGACGACAAGAAGGAGGAGAAGAAGGAGGAGGACGAGGACGAAGAGAUAGAGGAAUCCGAGCCUCCGACUCCGUACAAAGGCAGCUUCGGCCAUAAGAGAAGGGCGUCUAGUGACCUUGACUCGACGCCUAAGAAGAGAGUCCCUACGGGCGUUGCCCAUAUUAUUCUCUACCGCCAUUGUAUAGCCAAGUUUUUCGACAGUGGUUCCGGUUCGCGCUAUAUCGAAUUUUAUAGCUUUAUCGAAGCCUUCGACAAGAGGGACCACCCUACCACCGAUAAAAAGGGCGUCGUCGAUACGCUUACGGUGGCCCGCGAGGCCAUUAGCGGUACCCCAGUCGCCCCUACCGCCUACUCCGAGAACUUCUUAGAGCAGUGGGGGGAGGUGCAGAAGGCGGAGGGCGUGCUAAAGAGGCGCCUUCGGCGCUUCGUCGACGCGCCUACGCCGCUCCUACCUCCUCCCCCUCCUCCUAGCACUACGCUAGAAGAGGUAGUAGAGAGGCUAGCCAAGCUGGAGGAGCAGUAG